CUGCGGCUUCAGAGCUGGGAAAGGGGAUGCGGGGUUAACACUCUGCCGCAUCAGAGCCAAGAAGGGAACAUUGGGAAACAGACUAUCACGUACAGAUAAGCCCAACCCAUGUGAAGGGCUUCGGAAUAUGCUUGCAUGGAAACUAACGCCAAUAAACAUCACAUUGUCUGCGCUUCGGACUUCUGGUCUUCUGCUUUCUGACUGUGUGAGGAGAACCAGAGGAGAGGGUGAAGGGAAAACCCUCUAACACACCACAUUGGUUCUGUUUUACAGGAGACUGCAGUGUGAGAGAGCCCUUCCUAAGCCAUCUCUGUCGUGGGAGCACAAUUUGACACCUGUUGCGAGCAGCAGACCAAAGAGAUCACACAGGAAAGGAAGGCUAAUGUCAGUGACGAAACAGGCAACAUUCGUUACGCUGUUGAGGCUUCUGAAGUAGAGACUUUCCAGUAAAGGAGACAGGCCUCAGGCCAAAUCAUGUAAAAAUAAAGCAUUGUGCUGGCAAAGCCGAGGGCUAGUUUCCCCUUAGAGGAGAAAGGGGCAGUGCCUAAUAAGAGGAUUUUCUUGGUAUGAGUUGUUUAUUUACAGAAGGUACAAAUGCACCUGCCCAGGACUUAGCAGCUAUUCUUCAGCCUCUUUGAUGAACUGGCAACAUACUAGCUAAUUAGUGACCUCAGUUGGAUGUAAUAGGGCAUAAUCAGAAACCAAGCCCAGCUGUGGUGGUGAAGCAGGCAGAGCACUACUUCACUAGGGGUGGGGACUCAGCAGAGGAGGAAGAUCAUAGAGAAAGGAACAAAGCAGGUUCCCCUCUGGGAAGAACCUGAGGAAGUCAAGUGGAGAGACCCACCUGGGGCAGAAUUGGCUCCUGAGGGGUAGCGCUGAGAGAAGCCCUACUUCAGGGCAGAGAAGAGAGGCCCAGGAGGGGUGGGAAACCAGUUCAUGUGGAAUUUUGGACUCCCAACGGGGAAAAAGCCUGGGAAGUCAGUGCCUUGAUGAGAGUGAGGAGAAAUGAGAGAAGCCCAGGAGGGUUGAAGGACCUUUUGUGAACAUCAGCUGGGACACUGAGUACCCCAGAAGCGGAGUGAACCGUUGCGUGACUCUGCUGGAGGAGAACAUUCUGAGGGUAGUUCUCCUUAUUCGUAACUCUGCUUACUGGCGUGCUCUCAUCUCAGGCUGUACGUGCCAUGGCUGGGGAGGUUGUCUACGCUGAUUUAAACAUCCCGGGAACCCGCUUACCUCGUUCAUCUCAACCCCACAAUUUCCAUCAGUGUCCGCACUGGCAUCAACUUGUCUUGAAGAUCGGAGCGGCUGGGUACGUUGUCCUGCUGAUGACAGUCAUAGUGCUGAGUGUUUGGGUUUUUCAGGGCUCCUCAGGGAGUGGACUGGCCCCUGAAGGUGAGGCGGCCCCCGAGAGACCCAGAAAUGAAAGCAAAUGCAUCGCCAGCCUGGAGAAAUUGUCUUACCUGAAACAGCACCUGUGUGACCCACCCCAAAGCAGCUCAACAGAGGGCUCCAGGUGUGUACUUUGCCCCAGGUACUGGCUGCCAUACAAGGAAAAAUGUUACUGGGUGUCUAAAGAAACUAGAAUGUGGAACAGCAGCCAUGAGGACUGCAUAAGAAAGAGCUCUCAUUUACUGGUGACCCAGGACCAGGAGGAGAUGGAUUACAUACAGACGAUCACAUCCGAGAAAAAUUCUGUUUGGAUCGGAUUAAACUUUAAAUCUCCUGAGAGGACAUGGAUUUGGGUAGACGGCUCCCCCUUCAAUGAAAACCUGUUCCCCAGAGUAGGGAGGCCCGGUGAAAGAGACUGCGGGGUGUUAAAAAGAAACCAGAUUGCGUCGGAAACCUGCAGCGCUGAAUUAAAAUGGAUUUGCCGGAAAGAUGCGCUCCUGAUAUAAGCAAGGCUGUUCCGGCUCUGUUGUUUGUGCAAUUGACGGAGAAAAGGCCUUCCAUCUUGGUCUGUCUCGUGAAGAUUAUCGCAAGGGCUGUGUAACUUCCUUUGUUCCAUGGUUUGAAACAUCUGGGGUCGAAUCCUCAGCUGACUUAAAUCGGCAGGGCCUCGUUGAAGUCAGCAGACCUGGGGGCCAGUUUACAUGAGAUGGGGUUGAUGCGCUGUGGUUAAUUCACUGCUCUGGGCUGCGUGCUCUCAUGUUGUGCUGUUAAGAGUCUUUUCCCUGGUUCUAUCUCGCUCUGAGAUUCACGGUUGGGACUGGACACCAAACAACUCCCUUGAAGGCUGUCACGGCUUCCAAAAACCACGGACAGCAGGAAAGAACCCUGCCGCCAACCUGGGGCUGCAAGGUUUUUUAAGCACGGUCCUCACUAAUUGCCUCCCUGCUGUUUAUGGCACUCACUCUCUUCAGGUGUGUUCAACUCAGACCCCGAUCCCGCGGCACUCUAAAAAAAUGUAUUGUCUGAAGAUGUCAGUUCAGUUCAAUGGUCUGUCUAGCCAGGAUCCUCUCUGACAGCAGCCACUGAUUCCUUUUUCUGGGGCAAUCUCCUAGGGCCGUGAUUUUAAAACUGCGUGUCAUAACUAUAAAGGGAAGGGAACAGCCCUUCUGUAUACAAUACUAUAAAAUCCCUCCUGGCCAGAG